AAACGAUGCUACGUCACUAGGGGAGGAACUAUAUAUCCUUCGCUUCGACCACAAGAGUCAUUGCGUCUUCGAACACCUGAGGAAGCAUGAACCGUCUAAUUAUAUCUGCUUUUGCGAUUUCCGCAGUGGCCCUAGCGAUGGCUAAUCCAAUCGCUGACCCAGAACCAGGGGGUUACGGUGGAUAUUCAGGAGGACCAGUUGGAUAUGGCAAAGGCAGCGGCGGCUGGGGAGGAAGCCAAGGAGGCUGGGGUGGAAACUCAGGUGGACCUGUUGGAUUUGGCAAAGGCAGCGGCGGCUGGGGAGGUGGCCAGGGAGGAUGGGGCAGUGGCGGACAUGGAGGAUGGGGAGGCGGAGGACAAGGAGGAUGGGGAGGUGGUGGACAGGGAGGAUGGGGAGGUGGCAAGGGGAGCUGGGGAGGCGGUGGUGGACAUAGUGGCUUUGGAGGACAAGGUGGAUACGGAGGACAAGGAGGACAUGGUGGAUACGGAGGAGGUGGAUAUGGUGGAUAUGGAGGAGGUCACGGCGGAUUCGGAGGCGGUCACGGAGGAUAUGGUGGAAAAAAAUGGUAAUAAAUGAGAAUUAUUACAACAGUUCUAACUGAUUUGAGGAAAAAAAAACUUUAUUUUUUGUAAAAUCAUUGCUAUGUUCCAAUCAAUGCAAAUUGAUUAUUUUGAUGUAUAAUGUUUAUACCUUUAUCUGUGAUGUAAAAUUUUCAUUCCUAUUAAAUAUUGUAUAAUAACAUAA